AUGAGGUUUAUCACCCCACCGCUUUUGAACGAGCUGCGGCGGCGUCUCUCGCUGUUAUCCACUGUCGCAAAUAAACAGCUACCACUCACCUGCCUUCUCCCACCCCACCACUCUGCACCCCUAAAACGGCCUCUCUAUACUGGGGCCACACUAAGAAAAGACGUACCCCUCCCUCAGUCUAAAGAAGAUCAGACUGAAGAGAAACUGGACCUGGACAUAUGGAAGUCUGUGAUGAGGUUUCAGGUCCCAGCGGUGGAGGAGGAGAAACAGGGAGGUGGUGGUGCUGCUCCUUCAGGACCAGGAGGAGGUGUAGCAGGGCAGGAGGUCUCCCCACUGGAGGCCACCAGAGAGCUGAUAGUGAUGUGGCGUCAGGCUGGGAAGCUGGUGCCAGAGAUCAUGACUGACGAGGAGCUGGGGAUCCUGGCCGAGUUCCAAACCAAGUCCUCCAAGAAGAAGUACCUGAAAUACCUGGCCAUCAAGGAGGGCCACAAGAACAACCACAAGCAGAAACAGGAGAAGAAGAAGGCAGAGAGGAGCGAGAGGUUUCGGGAGGACGAUAGGAUCAGGCCUGGCGGUGUGAGAGGAGAGGAGGGGGAACUGAGGAACACUUUCCUUCUCCAGUUCUGGGGUCGUUCCCUGGACAAGCUGCUGGGGUGGAGGUCGGCCCAGGCCAUGGUGUACGGCCAGCCGCUGGUGUUCGAUAUGUCCUAUGAACAGCAGAUGGCGCGUCGGGAAGUGGAGAACACUGUGUCCCAGCUGAUGGAGGUGGAGGGGUGGAACCGCCGAGCCCCGGACCCCUUCCACCUACACUUCUGUAACUUGCAGCUGGACGGGGGUUACCACAGGGAGCUGGUUAAACGCUACGGCGCCGAGGCCUGGGAGCGCCUCCUCAUCACCUCCACAGAGCGACGUCACGUGGACCUGUUCCCCCGGGACGACCUGGUCUACCUGACGGCUGACUCCCCCAACGUCCUCCGUACCUUCGACAACUCUAAGGUCUACAUCGUGGGCUCCAUGGUGGACCGCUCCAUCCAAUCAGGGCUCUCCCUGGCCAACGCCAAGCGUCUGCAGCUGAAUACGGCCCGUCUGCCACUCGAUGACUUCCUCCAAUGGGAGAUGGGGGCCAAGAACCUGACCCUGGAUCAGAUGAUACGCAUCUUGCUGACACUGAAGGAGAGCGGGAGGUGGGAGGAGGCGCUGGAGCACGUACCCAAGAGGAAACAUGAUGGAUUCUACCAGGAGAAACCCCAGCAGGACAGAGACAGAGGCUCAGAUAAGGACAGGAGGUUUAGUGGCAGAACCAGAGGAGACACAGGGUUCAGGGCUGGAGACACAGGGUUCAGGGCUGGGGACAGAGGGUUCAGGGCUGGGGACAGAGGGUUCAGGGCUGGGGACAGAGGGUUCAGGGCUGGGGACACAGGGUUCAGGGCUGGGGACAGAGGGUUCAGGGCUGGGGACACAGGGUUCAGGGCUGGGGACACAGGGUUCAGGGCUGGGGACACAGGGUUCAGGGCUGGGGACACAGGGUUCAGGGCUGGGGACACAGGGUUCAGGGCUGGGGACACAGGGUUCAGGGCUGGGGACACAGGGUUCAGGGCUGGGGACACAGGGUUCAGGGCUGGGGACACCGGGUUCAGGGCUGGGGACAAGAUGACCUGA